UUAAAGCCGGGCCAUUCCUGGAACAGCUCUUGAGUAAACGACAUGAGGGAAAUUGUGCACCUUCAAGCGGGCCAGUGUGGUAACCAGAUUGGAGCAAGGUUUUGGCAGGUGAUAUCAGAAGAACAUGGAAUAGACGUAACAGGCCAUUAUGCUGGCACUUCUGAUUUACAACUUGAAAGAAUAAGUGUUUACUAUAAUGAAGCAACUUCUCCUAGGUCAGACUCGACAAAGCAUGUACCUAGGGCUGUACUGUUGGACUUGGAACCAGGAACAAUGGAUUCCUUGAGAUCAGGCCCUUAUGGGCAAAUAUUCAGACCUGAUAACUUUGUCUUUGGACAGUCCGGAGCUGGUAACAACUGGGCUAAGGGUCACUACACAGAGGGAGCAGAACUCGUUGAUGCUGUACUAGAUGUUGUUAGAAAAGAAGCCGAAAACUGUGAUUGCUUACAGGGUUUUCAACUAACGCACUCCCUCGGAGGUGGUACUGGAAGUGGCCUAGGGACAUUACUAAUAUCUAAGAUUCGAGAAGAGUAUCCUGACCGGAUCAUGAAUACUUAUUCCGUAAUGCCUUCGCCUAAGGUGUCGGAUACCGUAGUGGAACCAUAUAAUGCUACAUUAUCUGUUCAUCAACUUGUUGAGAACACAGAUGAGACCUACUGCAUCGAUAACGAAGCUCUUUAUGACAUUUGCUUCAGGACAUUGAAAUUACCAAAUCCAUCUUAUGGUGACCUUAACCAUCUUGUCUCUUUAACCAUGUCUGGAGUGACAACUUGUUUACGGUUCCCUGGACAGUUGAAUGCAGACUUACGAAAAUUAGCUGUGAAUAUGGUACCAUUUCCUAGGUUACACUUCUUCAUGCCUGGAUUCGCUCCUUUGACAUCGAGAGGAUCUCAACAGUAUAGGGCUCUCACUGUCCCUGAACUCACUCAGCAAAUGUUUGAUGCCAAGAAUAUGAUGGUAGCAUGUGAUCCACGUCAUGGAAGGUACCUCACAGUAGCUGCAAUUUUCAGGGGUCGUAUGUCAAUGAAGGAAGUAGAUGAACAGAUGUUAAACAUUCAAAAUCGCAAUUCUUCAUAUUUUGUUGAAUGGAUUCCCAACAAUGUGAAAACUGCAGUGUGUGAUAUUCCACCUAGAGGCCUCAAGAUGUCAUCCACAUUUAUUGGUAAUACAACAGCUAUUCAAGAACUAUUUAAAAGAAUAUCUGAACAGUUUGGUGCAAUGUUCAGAAGAAAAGCUUUCUUGCAUUGGUAUACUGGAGAAGGUAUGGAUGAAAUGGAGUUUACUGAAGCUGAGUCAAACAUGAAUGAUUUAGUAUCUGAAUACCAGCAAUAUCAGGAGGCAGUUGUUGAUGAAGAUGAUGUGUAUGCUGAUGAUGGUGGUGAAGAGGAGCAACAACAGUAUGAUUAAUACUAUUGAUGGAGUAAUUUGGAAGACGGACCAAUAAUUUAAAGAAGGAAAGAUACUCCUAUUUAUUUUAUAUAUACGUUGCCUGCACAUUUUUAUUUUCAUUAUUUUUGUACAUGCUGAAAUAAACAAUUAUUUAUUAA